UUAUUCAGUUUAUACUUUAUACGUAUGUAUAAGUUGCAUCGCAAUAAGCCGUGUUUUUUUUUUGAGCAAUCUCAUGAAUAUGAAUAUUUUCGUUUCACAAAUCAUCUUAUGACGAGGAGGGUUUUAUGAAAGUCGUGUCGUUCUGUAAAUCACUUUGUAACAAGAGUUCCCCGUUCGCUAAAGAUGAUUAUUUCAGCAACAUGACAAGUCUUCGUCAUCAGAGGAUCUCUUUCUUUGUCUAUAUUAAAAAUCAGUAAUUAUCUAUAACCCAUACGAACUCCAAUCUUUCCUUCAGCCCUUUAACUCCCUUUUUUUUUUUCUUGAUCAGCAUGCUGCCUACUAUCACAACUACGCCUACCGCAGUAAGUGCGAGUUUGCACAAGUCGGAUAUUUUCUCACUAAACCAGUAACGAAAGAAUUAACAUGUUACGUUUUUGCUUGCUGGAUUUUCUAUGCCUAUAGAUAUUGGGGUUUUCGCGAAUUGAUCUUUCUUUUUGAAUUUUUGGACAUAUUCUGACGAAAAAACGUUAGCAAUUUUUGAUCCUGUCACUUUUGUUGCGAUAUAUCUUUCUGAAAGUCUUUAAGUUCACAUAAUUUAUUUUCCUUUGGUCGUUAAUCUUUUGAAAUGUCGGGCAAUUGUUUAACAAAAGAGCAAUUAUUGUCUUUAACAAAGAAACAAGCUCUUCGUAACUACCAAGAAGUAGCGUACAACAUUGCAAUAAAGCAAAAUACCUUGCUUGUUAUGAACACAGGUGCUGGAAAAACUCUUCUUGCUAUUAAACUGAUUGAAUAUGUACUUGAGCAGGAGAAUUCGACAUGUGAAAAAACCUCAAAGAGGAUCUCUAUAUUUCUUGUACCCAAGGUUCCGCUUGUCGAACAGCAGGCCGAUUAUGUGCAGACGCAACUCAAUCGGCCCGUUGGUCGCUUUUGUGGUGAAAUCUCUAAUUUAUAUCACGACAAUGUGUUCGCCGAGAAGUUUAUGAAAAACGACGUAGUUGUCGUAACAGGAGGUUUGCUGUUUGAGUGUUUGUCGAAAGGCUUUAUUAAACUCAGCGAUGUAAACCUUCUGAUAUUUGACGAAUGCCAUCAUGCAAGUAAAGAUGAUGUCUAUGUGAGAAUCAUGAAGUAUUUCUAUCAUGAACCUCUUCGAGAACAUCCCGAAACAAUUAUGCCACGUGUUUUUGGCAUGACUGCCUCACCUCUAAUGGGGAAUAAAUGGGCUCUUGAGAAAGAGUUCAAUAAAUUGGAAGAUAUUUAUGAUUCUAAGUUAUGUAUUAUUACUGAUGAGGAUCUUGGAAAAGAACUUCGUAGCCCCAAAACAUUCAUACUUCAAUACAGUAUUGAGGACUUCUCUACUCAAUCAAAGGUCUCCGAUCGAUUUUGGAAGCUAACAGAGAAUUUUGACCGGCUUAAACAGAUUAUAACACGCGUUGUAACCGAAACCGUCGAGUUGGGCCUUUGGUUUGGAGAUUACAGUUGGCAGUUCUUUUUGAGACAUGCACUUAAAAAGUACGAUGCCAGACGGCUGAGAGGCGCUGAAGUUCCCAAAGAAGAAGUUUUAGCUUUUGAAGCAUUACAGGAGGAAGUUAGGAAAGCAAAUCUUUUGACGACUUCCAAGCAGCUGCGCAAGCCAAAGUUAAAUGGAAUUGAUGUCACUAAUAAGGUCAUUAUCCUUUAUAAGUUUUUAAGGAAUUUGUUUGCUACAAAUUCUACUGCUAGAGUUAUCAUAUUCGUGGAAAGAAAGGUAACCGCUUUUUUGCUGAAGCUUUUUUUUGACAAGAUUGAUUUCGAAGGGAUCCGUGUUGAGUCGCUUGUCGGUAACGGGAGCAACCAAGCAGGCGAUGAACAGAUGUCGUACAAACUUCAAAAGGAAGUAAUACGUCGUUUUAAGCACGGAUCAGCAAACGUGUUGGUUGCUACCGCAAUUGCCGAAGAAGGCCUUGAUAUUCCGUCUUGCGACGUUGUCUUUCGCUUUUCUUUAUGUAAAACAGCAAUCCAAUUGAUUCAAAGCAAAGGCCGUGCUCGUGCGAAUACUUCUAUUUUUGUCAACUUGCUGAGCGAGGAUGAAAAAGAACUGUUUUCUGAGUUGUGCACAAAGGAAAUUAUCUUAAAGGAAACACUGUACGCUUAUUGCUGUACACGGUCGCCGAAAGUCGAAUUUGAUAACAACAUUACUGAUUUUUUUAAUGACGAUAACGAGCUUUACAAAAUUGAAGAAACUGGGGCAUUGCUGACACCAUUUAUUGCUGUAAGCUUGCUCUACGGACUUUGUCAACGAAUUCCUUCCGAUCCUUACACACUCUAUUUACCAGAAUUUAAAAUUCAGAAUGAGGGUGAACACUUUACCUGUGAAUUACGUCUCCCGGCUAUUCUCAAGAUUCCACCGUAUAUAACGCCUCCUUGCAGAAACAAAAAGAAAGCAAAACGUUAUGCUGCUGUCAAAGCAUGCUUGCAACUUAUUGAAAGUGAACUUAUUGACAAACGUUUGCGUAUCAAAACUUUUUAUGAUGAGCUUCUCGAAGCUGAAAAGGAAGAGCAAGAACACUCUAUGAAAAACCUUCCUCAGCAGAAAUGGGAACGUUGCACUCCUUCUGUAUGGCAAGUGAAAAAGCAUGUCAAAACCGUUUAUGCCACUGUCAUUUUUGUCGAUAGCCUUGAAGGUGAAUCAAGCUUCAAAUGCUAUCCCUUGCUAUACAUAAUUCCUGAUUGUCCUUUCUCAGUCGCUGGUCCCCUUCGUUUGAAUUCAGCCAAAAAUAGGAUUGAUGUCUUGUGCCAUACUAUACCAACAUGUUUUGCAUUGGAUCUGGAAUUACGAGAAGAACUGGAUAAAUUCACGUUGUUUAUGCUACAAUUAGGAUUGUCAAAGACUUUAAUUUCUACCUCUUCUCCUUCUUAUUGGUUUGCACCACUUCAUGGUUCGUAUACAUCGUUCGAGAGUCUUUUUACGAUCCCAUCUAAUGCGAGGGAAGAUCUCCGAACUAUUAUUAAUGUUGAGCUUUUAAGAAAGUGUCUUUCCGAAAACACCCCUCUGCAUCCCAAGUUAUUAGACACUCUGUCGCCAUCGUCACUGUUAUGUUCUGCAAAGGGAUAUUACACAGAUCAUCAUCAGUUUCAUUCUCUUCAAACUUCAGAUAAACUAGGCGCAAAAGACGAAGAGACUAAAACGUUUGUUAAUGUUAUCAGAUGUCCAUUACGAACAAAUUUUUUGUUAUUCCAGUCCCGUGCUGUGGCUACACAAGGUGCGAAACGUCGAAAACGAGAAACAAGAGUGCAAAGAAUUGAAGUUACCAAGCUUCUAAUCAUGCCUUUUCCCUAUGAAAUUCGAAAUUCUGCUUUACUUCUUCCUUCACUGUUAUACAUGUUUGAGCAGGUCCACCUCGUCGACGCUUUAAGGGUUAGGCUGCAAGCUAAAAUUUCUACAAAGUCCUUACUUGAAGCCUCUACAUCACCAGGAAGUGUUUUGCCAUUCGAUUAUGAUCGGUAUGAGUUUUACGGUGAUACAUUUCUUAAACUUGCUGCUUCAAACUCGGUUUUCCUAUCUUAUCUCUGGGUACCUGAAUGCAAACUUCAUAUUGAAAGAAAACGUAUUAUCCGAAACUCGACUCUUUUUACCAUCAGUAAAAAACAUGAUUUGCCUGGUUUUCUUCUUUCGGAACCCUUUGUGAUUAAGACUUUCAUUCCGUUCGGUUAUCAACCAACACAGAAGUCUAAAAAUAAAAUGGAAAGGUCUCAGCUCUUGGCUAACAAAACUGUAGCAGAUAUUGUUGAAUCAAGCUUGGGAGCUUGUCUUUAUGACUCGGGCGUUGAUGAGGCGUUAGCACUUGGUACGCGUUUAGGCCUUAACUUUUAUAAGACGACUAAGUGGGACGAAUGGAAUUCUGUGUUUAAUGUCGAGAACUUAGUUCCUUCUGCAGAAAACGACUGUUUCAAACAUGCUUCUGGACUGGAAUCUCUAGUCGGUUAUACGUUCAAACAUCCGGGUCUUUUAAAGAUUGCAUUUACACAUGCUUCUUAUGUAAAAACGACACAGACGGCUGUCAAUUAUCAACAGCUUGAGUUUCUAGGAGACGCUGUACUGGAUUUUAUUGUUGUCCGCUAUUUAUUUAAAAAGUACCAAAAUAAGACGGCUGCGGAGCUUACUGAUACAAAGUCAUUUUAUGUUUGUAACAAAAGUCUUGCAUACGUUUCUUUUAAACUUGGUUUAUAUGAUUUUAUGCUUCAGGACAACGAAGACAUACGCAACGCCUAUAAGGAGUAUAAAAGUGUGAUUGACAAACUUCAGCAAGAUACCAAGAUAGAUUCUAAUCAUCCAACUCCUAGCGAAAAGUUUUGGUUGUUAAUUGAACCACCAAAGUUUCUUUCUGACAUUUUUGAGUCAUUUGUAUGCGCUGUUUAUUUGGACUCCGGCUUUCAGUUCAGUGCGCUUGAACCUUUUCUUAAAUUUUUAGUUGAAGAAUUGGGCGAUUAUGAAGGCGUUUUUAAUGAACCGCCUGUGUUUUCUCAAAUCAAUCAACAUUUGCAGAAACAAGGUUGCAAGCAAUAUAAAUUUCAAUGUGUCAUCAUUGAUGAAGAGGAAAAAUCGGACCUUCUGUAUACGAAAGCAGUUACUCAUCAUUAUGAAUAUUCUUUGAUUAUACAUGAUGAAAUUGUUUGCUCGGCGAAGGCUUUGAACAAAAAGAAUUCGCAAAAAUUACUUUCGCUGGCACUCAAGGAAUUGUACCAGAAAGCCUCUGUGCGACUGUUUCGGAAAUGUGAGUGUCAAUUGUCUAACUCUGACUAAAUGCAUCGGUAUAAGGUUUGGAUAAAGAUACGAAUUCUGUGGUUUAAUGUAGAUUGAGUUUGUUUCGCUUUUGAGUUUUUUUAUGCCUUAGUUGUUUUCUCAGCCAACACAAUUUUAAGGGCUUCUACUUCCUUUUCGAGGCUUCGAAUUUCGUUGUGGUAUUGCUCUAAGUUUUUGUUCAGCUGAUCGCGCCGUUUUACCAUUUCUUGCUCACGUUCCUUGUAUUCCCUUUCUGAUUCGGCAGCAAGUUUGGAAAUCCUUUUAUGGAUUGCUGUUUGUUUUUCUGUGAGAAGCUUGCUCUCUGCUUUCUUUAAGCGAGGUAAUCCGGUUUUUCUGCUUAGCAAUUGUGCUUUGCGAUAAUUCUCGUAGACUUGGUACUCUGUUCUUUGAAUUAAUUCGAGCAUGUGAUGCUUAAUGAGAAGGUCUUUCAAUUUCAGGAAAUCACUGUAACUUUCGUCAUUAACAGUUGAUACUCCCCAUGGGUAUUUACGCCCUAUGACUUGGUGACCUUCUUCAGUAAGAAUCUUUUUGGUGCUGCCAAUCACUGCAAAAGGCAUCGCAUCAUUCAAUGAUUUGGCAAUUUCUGGGGUUGAUGCCUCUGCAGACGGACGGAAGAUCAUAAUCUUUUGUGCUUCGAUGAUGUUCAUAAUUUUGCUUUUAAGUCUAGAAAGUUCAUUGACUGUCAGCGUGUCUGCUUUCGCUAUGAUUGGUAUAAGGUUGACAUGAGGGCCUAGUUCUUGCAUGGCAAUAACAUCAAGAGGCAUUAAGCCACAUGACACUGGCUUAAUAAAGUAUAGACAGACAUGGACACGGUUGUCGUCACGAUUAGCCUGCAAACUUUUUUGAUCUUGCACAAGGUAUUGUUCGUGUUGAUCAUGCAGGUAUUCUGCUACGGUAUCCCAACAACCGGUAUUGUUGAUGAAAUCACCAAACCCAGGAGUAUCAAUGAUGGAUAAAUGCACUGUUAAACCGUUUUCCUCGAUAUCCAUCUUGUGAGACUCAAUAGUCAUCACCUUCUCUACGCCAAGCUUGUUGAUUCCCUUGUAUGUAUGCUGUUUCUUAACUGGUGACGAGAAAAGCGUGUUGCAUAAAGUUGUUUUUCCAAGACCCAUGCUUCCACAAAGAAGAAUUGUGUAGUUGCACUCUUUUUUCAUAAUAAACUGAUCGCUGCGUUUUAGUUAGUUGCUGUUUUAAGAAGCUAUUUCGUACCGGUUAGGCGGUAAACUGUCCAGGUUCACAAGGACUCGAGCUUUUUCAUUCAUAACCAUGGUUCUUUUUUUAUAAAUUCAAUGGGCAGGUGUUGUUUUUGGUUGGAAUAAACCCUUCAAUACUCUGGCAAUAUGAUAAUUGAAAUUAAGGUUACAUAAUUAUUUAUGUAUCUUUAGCUCAAUUUCAUAAGCACAUACUCUUCUUUAUUUAAUGUAAAACAUUGUAUGAACUAUAUUCGUUAAAAUAA